AUGCUCAGGGAUUCUGAUAUAGAUUCCCUUAAUGGGCAUCUAGCUUCCUUUUCGUUAGAACAACAGAAACAACAUGAGAAAUUGCAGGACCUACUAGGCCAGUUCAAGAGCCUGCUUGAUGACUACAGCUCGCUUAAGAGUGACUACGAGGAGGUCAAGGAUGGCCGCGAGAAAUACAAACGACAGGCUCGAGGCCAGGACCGCAAUCCAUUCGUUCUCGUUCUUGUUGAUGGAGAUGGCUACCUAUUCAAAGAGCAUUUCCUAAGGAAUGGCAGCGAAGGAGGCAUUGAUGCAGCUCGUGAACUAAGUGAUUCUGUGAAAGAGCUAAUGCAUUCCACAAUGGGAAUGCAGGCAGAGCAAUGUCGAAUCAUGGUUCGUGUAUACGCGAACGUCCUCGGCUUGUCAAAGGCACUCGCUCGUGCCGGACUCAUGGGCCACGAAGCCCGGUCUCUUUCUCCGUUUACCUCAUCCUUUACCCGCGCCCAGGAGCUGUUCGACUUCAUUGAUGCUGCGGAGAAGAAAGAAGGAAGUGAUUUCAAGAUAAGAGAAAUGUUCCGGCUGUUUGCAGACGCCAACCAGUGCCGUCACAUCUAUUUUGCUGGCUGUCAUGAUACUGGAUACGGCUCCCUUUUGACUCCAUACAGAGGAAGUGAUCGUAUCACGCUUAUCAAGGCAGCUGGUUUCCACCGUGAAUUCGAAGCUCUGGGUCUUCCCAUCAAAGAGCUUCCAUCGGUCUUCGCCUCUACACCCCUAGCUACCACCAAGCCGCCUACCGGUCCAGCUGCUGCUAAAGCUAAUGGUAACGGUACAAAUGGAAUGCACAGUCAUUCCAACUCAAACAGUGGAAACCCUAACAAACCAAUCUGCAAGCACUUCCAAAAGGGAAUCUGUAAAUUCGGAAAUGGCUGUAAUAAGCAGCACGUCAUGCCGAAUCAAUCACUAACCCACCUUCCAUCGUCGAAAAGCUCAGCCACUUCACCUAAGUCAUCAACCAAGGCUACCUCGGCAUUUUGGACGUCUCCGACCGCGGUAGGCCGGACUGAAGACUUUCUGAGAUCUAUGCUCCCUCUCCCUAGCAUCAAAACCGAGGAAUUCAUCCCGGUAAACAAAGACGGGGACCGCAUUGACCCCUAUUAUCCUCAACCCCCGGCAGACGCAUUCGAGGAGUACCAUUCCCGAGCAAAGGAACACAAAGUUUGUAAUAGCUACCACCUUUCCGGGGAAUGUGGUGACAUGAGUUGCCCUUACGAUCACACCGAUGUCUCGAAUAUAGUCAUCGAGGUACUGAGGUGGAUGCUUCUUCAGCACCCGUGCUCACGCUCCGGGGCCUGUCGAUCGAUCAAAUGCUACAUGGGUCAUCUUUGCCAGAAGCCCGGCUGCAAGGCUGUCAAGAGCUGGCAAUGCCGGUUUAAUCAGAACGCUCACAUCCUCGAUCUUAAAAUCGCUCGAUGGGAUGUACCAACUGACCAGGAUGAGAUCAUCGAUCAAUGGUCUGUCAGCGACAGCUCAAUCGGAAACACUUCCCCGAACUCGCUGCUGCUUGAUUAA